AAUUCGCAUCCGGGUCAGACUGAGCUUCUUGCUAUCCGUGACUAGUGUAGGUGCCGCGCUGUCCGCGUUAUCUCCUCCUGGUGAGACGGAGCCGCAGUGUUCACGGGUGAAGAGCUAACUCUGUCCUAAGCAGAGAAAGACGAGGAGGAGAACUGCGAGCGGGCAGCGGCUGGGCCGCGUCGGCUUGGGCUGGCAACUGUGUCCCUCCGCUUGCUGCUGUCUCUGGGAACUGGGUGCCAGCGCUGAGGGGCCUCCAGCGGACAGCGACCCCCUUCCCCGGCCCCCCAGCCCACCCUGCCGGGGAGGGCGGAAGAUGCCAGUGAAGAAGAAGAGAAAAUCCUCUGGGGUGGCAGCGGCAGUGGCGGAAGACGGAGGCCUCAAAAAGUGUAAAAUCUCCAGCUAUUGCAGAUCCCAACCCCCUGCUAGACUAAUAAGUGGAGAGGAACAUUUUUCAAGCAAGAAGUGCCUGGCUUGGUUUUAUGAGUAUGCAGGUCCUGAUGAAGUUGUAGGGCCAGAAGGAAUGGAAAAAUUUUGUGAAGACAUUGGUGUUGAACCUGAAAAUAUUAUUAUGUUAGUUUUAGCGUGGAAAUUGGAGGCUGAAAGCAUGGGAUUUUUUACCAAGGAAGAAUGGUUAAAGGGAAUGACUUCAUUACAGUGUGACUGCACAGAAAAGUUACAGAACAAAUUUGAUUUUUUGCGCUCUCAGCUGAAUGAUAUUUCAUCAUUUAAGAAUAUAUACAGAUAUGCCUUUGAUUUUGCAAGGGAUAAAGAUCAGAGAAGCCUUGAUAUUGAUACUGCUAAAUCUAUGUUAGCUCUUCUGCUUGGGAGGACAUGGCCACUGUUUUCAGUAUUUUACCAGUACCUGGAGCAAUCAAAGUAUCGUGUUAUGAACAAAGAUCAGUGGUACAAUGUAUUAGAAUUCAGCAGAACAGUUCAUGCCGAUCUUAGUAACUACGAUGAAGACGGUGCUUGGCCCGUUCUUCUUGAUGAAUUUGUUGAGUGGCAAAAAGUCCGUCAAACAUCAUAGCAAGAACUAUUGUGAAGAAAAUGCAAACUUUUUGAUUCCCAUAUGUAUACAAACUAAUGAGAUGAGGGGGAAAAAUCCAAAGGGUGCAUUUUCAUUCAUAUGAAAGACUUCUCAUAGUACUUUUUUUUUUUUUUUCCUUUUUUUUAAAGGAAGUUUCCUUGUUACAUGUGAGGGGCAUUGAGCCACACCUCUUCUGAGACUGAAUAUUGACAUUUUUGUUUCAAGUUAUGUUUUUAACAUUUAUUUCAGAACAAUAAAGAUUCAGAUUUGUGACAAAGGCCUUAAAGUGAAGAUGUCCCUUGAGUGUCAGAGUGGUAUUUAUUUUUGUAAGUUUGAAUUCUUACAUUUUUGAGGUUUGAAAUCACCAUGAAUUUGUGGAAUUUUAAAGCUUUUAAGCAUUCUUGAUAUCUGGCAAUGUAGUCUACUGAUGGUUUAGCUCAUAUUAUUUAUCUUUGCACAGUUAGGAAGAAUAAUUUUUGACCUUGACUUCUAAAAUUUUCUGAUGCAGCUAGUAAAGAACAUUUCUAGGUAUGAGAAAUGCUCUCACUUUCAGCUGUGGUUUUCUGUAAAAACUGUCAAGGUCUUAUGUACGUAUCUUAUCUGAAAAGUUUGGAAAGAUUAUGUUCAGUUAUUUUGUUUUUAACCAUGAGAUAAUAAGCAUAAAUGAGCAUUGCAUGUGUAUCUUUAACAUGAAUUUUAAGUUUUGUAUAUUUCUGUCAGUUAAAGAAUUUUAUUUACAUUUGAAGCAGCAAGGUUGAUAUAUUAAUAGUCUCAAGAUCAGACACACUUAUAAGAGCAUUAGGAUCAAUAUUGAAGUUGUAAUUCUCACCAUUAAUACAAAUGGCAUAUUUAUGAUUUUUAAACUAUCAUUUUAUAAUGAGAAUUUUGUUGAGAGCACUGAUGUUUUCCUUAAGAAAACUGUAGCUUCGAUUUUUUGGACUUUGUUAAGAUACAUAAGAGAAAAGAAAAUAGAAUAAUGGACCAUGAGAGAACUCUGGCUGUAAGUACAAACUCAGUGAGGUCAUUUAAUUGGUAGUAUCACAGUUUUGCGGUUUAUCACUAUUUUCUGACUGUUGGCAGUACAGUGUCUCUUGAGGAAAUAACAGCCUUACUGACAAAAAAGUCACCUUUUGGUUAGCAGCAGGUAUGUUUUAUACAUUCCUUUUCAAACCAUCCAAUAUUCCAGUGAUGAGAAAACUUGGUUCACAUUGACAGUUCAGUCACAACCUCAGUAAUAUUCAUAGUCUCACUGUAUAAAUGGAGAGAACUAAAUAGGUUAUUUUUCCAUAAUAAGGAAUUUCUCUUGAGAUUUAAAGUAAAAGUUGAUUAUUUUGAUAAUGAAUUUAUUUAAUGAGUGAUUUUCAGUAUUAAUUGUCUAAGGGAAAAAUAGCAUUUUGAAACUUUAUUGUUUGCUUCUUGGUUAAUGAACAGAAAGUGAUUGCCAAUAUUUUACUUGCCUUCUUAAUAAGAUUAUUUUGUACAGUUUUGUGAAACACUGAUACAAUAGUGGAAAACAAUUUUUUUUCCCCUCAAUGCCUUUAGAUAAUUUUCUUGGCAUAUUCUUCUUAAGUAUCAGAAUUAGAAAAUUUUUAGAAAGGAGCAUACAAACAGUUGUGAUUUAGUAUCAUGAAUGAUGUUUUAAUAUCAAAUUAAUAAUACAAGAAAAGCAUUUAUAGACCUUUGAAUUUCUAACAUAAUUGACUCUUCUAAGGUAUAAGAAAGUUGAAGAAUAUUGUUUAAUUCAAAACAAUUUAAGUGAAAUCUUACAAGUUGUUACUUUAUAACCUGAACUAAUUGUAAAGUCUUUGUCAUCUUUAUUAUUUGAGUAAAGAAAGUAACACUCAAAACUUACAGAUGACUUAAAAAAAAUUUUUACUUUGCUUAACUAUCCAAGGAUUCCUUUAGGAUUUGGGGGGUGGUUCUGAAAAUGAAAAUUAAAUUCACUUUUUUUCUGCCUAAAGUCUCACACUGAUCAUGUGCCUGUUUUACUUUCUGGCUCCAUCUAUUUCUCUUACCUUUCUAAAGUCAUAUAACACUCACCUACUUCAGUGGCACAUGCCUGUAUAAUCCCAGUAAUUUGGGAGACUGAAGUAGAAGAAUCACAAAUUCAAGGCCAGCCUCAGCAACUUAUCUAGACCCUGUCUCAAAAUUUAAAAGUGGGGAGGAGAGGGGGCUAGGAAUGAAAAUCUGGUUAUGUGCUCCAGAGUUUGAUCUUUAGUUCCUGCCCCCCACCCCGUUUACCUACUUUGGAGGCAUAUUUACUCGGCCUUAUUUAUCAGGGCAUGGGGCUAUAUCCCUUCUCUCCUUUCUUAAUUUAUAUUUGGACAACAUUCAGUUUAUUGGGAAACUUAUAAUCAAGAUGCUAAGUGGUUAAGAUAUUAACUGGUCAAGAUGUAAAGCAAAGAGGACAAUAUUAAGGAACUUGUAGUAUGAAGAAGUCUCCUAAGUGUUGUGGCUCCUUUUUUGACUAAAGUGCCUUCCCAGGAAUCCUGUUGUAAAAUUUUCCAAUUUAUUUCCUUCAUAUGGAAUGAAAUACUCUAUGGUGCUUUGUAACAUGGAGUUGACUUGCUGCUUAUAAAAUAGUUUACAAAUGUAAUACUACUGGAAGAAAGUAGAGCCAGGUGUUGAUUCUUUGUGGGAGGUUGGAGAGGUUGCCCUCCACAAUCUAUUGGGGCCAGUAAUAAGGUAUGGUAUUUCUAAAAAAAUGACCAGUGAUUCAGGUAACUUAGUAUGAUAAAAAAAUGUAUAUUACAUGUUGAUCUGAAUCUGUUACCAUGUUUGUCUCCUACUAUCUAAUGAUUUCUUGUUUUUAAAAUGCUGAUAAAAUGCUUGACAAUACAUUUUCAGUAGUUGUAUUUUUAUGUGUAAUGUAUAGGUAUUAUUGAUUCGGAUUUUUCUCUGAAGUACUCUAGAUUAAUUGUCUCUUGAACUGAAAUUUGAGACCUCCCAUGGGGUUAUUAAAUUGACCCUCAGGGGUAUAUAUCUCUUAAGUAUGAAUGCCUUUUCAUCCAGCAAACCAAAAAUGUAUUUUACCAAUAUCAAAUGCCAUCACUUUUCAGAGUGAUGGGGAUGAGGGUGAGAGCAUAAUUUUGACAUAACUAGGGUUUUUAAGGCAUGCAAAGUUAUGUGGCAUGGUCAGAUUCAAUACACAUGAAAUACAUUGCUAAUUAAGCACUUCAAUUUGAGUUAUAUUUUCGCAAAACAUCUUUUCCACCAUCACUAAUGUGAAAUUAUGAAAGGACUUAUUGAAAUAUUUUCUGUGCUUAGUUUUUGAGGAGGAGCAGUUGGUAAGAAUGCUGACAUCAUGUUUCACUCCCUAUGAGAUAAUACUUUUAAGCCUGAAGUUUUGUAGCACAUCUCUCACAUGCUUCCCAAAUGUCUAAAGUAGCAAAUAAGUUGAGGACAUUUAAUGCAUGUAAUUUGAAUGCAUUUCCUUGUUAAAACAAGAGAAAAGGGAGACAGAAUCAUAUUGCUAAAGAAUUCUUUUUCCUAGAGAGGAAUUCUCCCUUAAGGAAGUAUAUCACUUCUUGAAUGAUACUGGAAGGCAUCACAAAAAAAAUUUCAAAGAAGGAAGCAUUUUCUCUUUGGGAGAAAUGAGAAAUAGCAAAACUUCAUUAAUUUCCUCAGUAGAAAAGACUGUGAAUUAUUAAAUAUUCUGGAUAGUAUAAUUUUUAAUAAUUCUAGUUUUAUAACUCAUGAAUAUUUGACAAUAACCAGAC